UAGCACUACCUACUAAUUCUUCUAGGAGUCCUUUCAGAAUUAUUCAUAUUGACAUUUUCAUGCCAACAUGACAAUUUGAGUUGAAUCCAACCACCUAUGGCUAAAUUACACAUGUUCCAUAAUGAGAAAGAUGUGGAUUUUGGGUGAGCAACUUUUGUGAAGCUACUUUGUUUAGGCAUACUACUUAAAAGAAAAGAUGACCUAAGUCACAACCUAAUGGCAAAUCUUUGCCCAUCUCCAUUUUGAACCCUUCCAACCAUGUUUGUAAGGCUUUCCUUGCAAGUUUACUCCCCACAAAUUAAACUAUUACUACACACUUUUGGAGAUAGUUCAUUGCUUUCCUGAUUUUUUCCUCAUCCAACUGAACCUCUACAAUUUGAGUGUUCAACAAGAAAUAUGUGCAACUCCUGACUAAACCUUCACGUAAAUGCUCUCUUGGUAUUGCACGAAUCGGAUUAAAGGCAUACUUACCUAGGUUUGCUGUAGCUGCAAUCAAUUUUGGUUCCACGCGAUCUCCCUUCCUCACAAGUUCCACCCUCCAGCUUGCUUUUGAUGUAGUAGGGGCCAUUGGAGCAUGGGCCAGCCUUGCCUUUAGUACUUUCGCAUAUGUUAUCUUCAUUGGUUACCACUCGCCCGAGUUUCAUGGCUGUUGUUGGGUCAAAACAGCCCAAGUACUCCCUCUUGCUACAUCACAGAAGUGGGGUCAAACCCUACCACACUCAGUAACCGUAAAAUUACUCUGCUCUGCCAAAGUGUCCCUUUUGCAGCGGUAAACGCUCAAGGCAGUCAGGAUGGAUCGGGUGUUACUCUCCCUCUCUCUUCACUUACGAUUGAGCAAAAAUCCUACUCCAAACACUGAUGUUUGCCUUGCAAUUACUCUCGAAGCUUACUCUUCCUGAGCGGCUGUCCUCUUCGGAGCUUCAUCGUGCUCGUCUCAGCUGCAAUUGAUCAUGGCGCUAUCCGCGAUGAGAAGCUCCCUGUAUGCUCUAUGUGUGGUGCUGUGCAUUUGCAGCCUUCAGACCAGUGUCACGGCCACGAGAUCCGAUCGCCACCCAACGCCACGGUAUUGUCAGCUGUAGGAACUGGAGCUGGAAACUUGUCAGCUGCAGGGUGGGGCACCUUCAUCAUGGCUGACAAUCCGGAGCGCGUGAGCGAGGUCCCCAGUAGCAAGCAGAUAGGGAGGUCUACUAGUCUUGGUGCCCUCACUUCUUCCCAGGGCUCAGGCGGAGGCAUCUUCAGUAUAUCGAAGAUCACUUUCAACGAGGCCUGGGCCAAGUACAACAAAUCCACCAUCACUUUCACUGGUACUUUCGCAUUGCCGAACCGUCCAUACGAGAUCAUCGUCUUGGGCGGCACUGGGUACUUCCGAGAUGCCAGGGGCUUCGCACUGGCACCUCCAGGGCUGACUACUCUUCCCGUCUACACUACGAAGUGGGAGGUCUUCCUUACGAAGUAAACCAAGACUUCAGAGAUUUUGCCAUGCAUUGCCAUUUUCGAAUAAUUGAUUGCAAUGCAGCAGUCCGUGAGCUGAAAGACGCAUCCGUUUUCUAAUAGUGGCUCACUAGGCAAUUGCUAGUUCAUGAGCUAGAAGUUGAAAUUUAAGUGGCUUUACACAUGUUAAGUGUUUUUGAACCCAAAUAAAUUAGAAUUAAUGCCGCCUUCACCUCACAAA